AUGAAACAUCCACUCUGUCAGAGAUGCAGUCUGUCGGUGGCGAAGGACAGGAAGGCUCAGAGGAAGCAGACGGCGUUUGUGGACGCUCUGCUUCAGUCCAGCCUCACAGAGCGACAGAUCAUGGAGGACUGCAUGGUUUUCACUUUGGCUGGAUCUGUCAUCACUGCCAACUUGUGUAUCUGGGCACUUCACUUCCUGUCCACCUCGGAGGACGUUCAGGACAAACUGUACCAGGAGCUGGAGCAGGUUUUGGGUUCAGACCCCAUUUCAUUAGACAAGAUCCCUGAGCUGAGAUACUGCCAGCAGGUCCUGAACGAGACAGUGAGGACCGCCAAGCUGACCCCCGUCGCUGCGAGGCUGCAGGAAGUGGAGGGCAAGGUGGAUCAGCAUGUCAUCCCCAAAGAGACUUUGGUCAUCUACGCUUUGGGAGUUGUCCUUCAGGAUUCUGACACCUGGAGCACCCCAUACAGGUUUGACCCGGAUCGAUUUGAGGAGGAAUCGGUGAGGAAGAGCUUCUGUCUUCUCGGAUUCUCAGGGAAUCAAACAUGUCCAGAACUCAGGUUUGCCUACACUGUGGCUACUGUCCUGCUCAGUACGUUAGUGCGGCAGCUGAAGCUUCACCCUCUGAAGGGGCAGGUGAUGGAGGUGCGAUCUGAGCUGGUAUCCACGCCUAAAGAAGAAACCUGGAUCACCGUCAGCAGAAGAAAGCAAAAAUAAUCGCUGAAAAGGGCUAUUUCUAACACACAUCUUGAUCAAAAUAAAUCAACUGCUAAGUAUUUCUUGAAUGUCGCAGAUCUAGUCUGUCAUUUUCCUCAUUCACGUCAGCCUUUUUAACAACAUCAUGGUAGUUUACACUUUUUGAAUUAAAGCCUUCUUUAGAAUCAUUAUUGCAGGUUAUUCCGAACUUGCCAGAAUUGUUUUAUGUACAGUCAUCGUUGCACCACCAUUGCAUUUACAUACUUGUCUUUCCGGUGCUCUUUUUGUACAGCAAUCUGAGGCCUUAAGCACAUUAGUACCUUGUCUAUCCACAGGUCAAAUUUGCACUUGUUAAAAUGUGUUAAAGUAGGGGGAACUUGAUGGUUUCAUACUCUACAAUACAGAGAAAAACAACUUGUUCUUGCAAAGGUUUUUCUAUAGUUCCUAAUACUGCCUUGAAAAUCCCCAAUAACAUGAUUGUCUUUUGAUAUG